AUCCGCAGCCUCCUGGCCCGGCAGUGCCUGGAGGAGUUUCUGGCUGUGUUUGUGCUCGUGCUCCUCAUACAGGGGUCUUCAGCCCAGGCUGUCACCAGUGGAGGAACCAAAGGAAACUUCUUCACCAUGUUUUUGGCUGGCUCUCUGGGUGUUAUACUAGCCAUCUAUGUGAGUGGUAACGUCUCAGGGGCCCACCUGAAUCCAGCCUUCUCCCUGCCCAUGUGCCUCCUGGGACGCCUCCCCUGGGCCAAGUUUCUCAUUUACUCCUUGGUGCAGUUGCUGUCUGCUUUCUGUGCCUCUGGAGUCACCUAUGCUCUCUAUUAUGAUCUACAGAACUACACAGGUGGGAAUCUGACAGUGGCUGGUCCCAAGGAGAUGGCUUCCAUCUUUGCUACCUACCCUGCCCCCUGUCUAUCUCUGAGCAAUGGCUUCCUGGAUCAGGUUCUAGGCACCUGGAUGCUGAUGGUGGGGGUCCUGGCCAUCCUGAACACACAGAACAAGGGAGUGCCUGCAGGUCUGGAGGCUGUGAUAGUGGGGUUACUGAUCCUGGCCAUCAUGCUAUCCAUGGGUGCCAACUGUGGGCUCCCAAUCAACCCCGCCCAGGACCUCGGCCCAUGGCUUUUCACCUACGUAGCUGGAUGGGGCCCUGAAGUGUUCAGUGCUGGCAAUGUGUGGUGGGUUCCUGUGGUGGGCCCUCUAGCGGGGGCCACGCUUGGCACAGCCACAUACCAGCUGCUGGUGGCACAGCACAAUCCUGAGACUCAGCCAUCCCAGGAUCUACAGGAAGCCUCAGACUCGGGAAGGCAGGCCGCAACUCAGCUGCAGGAGAGUAGGCUGUGACUCUGACAAGACAGUCCUCACCUCCCUCAUGGACACUUGAGAGGGCCAGAUACCCCAUGCCUGGUGACAAGAUGUUCUUUCUCUUUAUUAAUACGCCAGGCCCUGGGCAGCUUCUCUGUGUACUCAUCUAGGCAUCUCCUCCUCCUAAACUGGGGAGGAUGCCUGGAGAGGGAGAACGAGGAGGCUCAGGUACCAGACUAAGGCUUCUCAUCCCCUCUUUGCUCACGCAGGUUUUCGGACCCCGGACUUCCAAGAACGUAGUUCCUCCAAAAAGCCGCCAGAGGGUGCGCACCCUGGAAACCGCAUUGGGAAGGCUUCGGGAAUCUGCAGGAUGGUGGGGGCCGACCAUCCUGUGCAGGGCAUAAUCCAGGGGACUUCUUCCAAAGCCUGGCCCCCACUGACUGACUCCCAGAUCGCGUAGCCUCAGCGCCGCCCGCCUUUAAGCUGACUGGGGCGCCUUGCCCAGAUUCAGCCACCCCGCAGAUAGUAAUUAGGGUUGGUGGUAGGAAAACCGCCUCCACCAAGGGGGCGUGGGACGGGGUGGGGGGGACGGGAAAGGGAGGGCCGCCAGAAGAACACAGCCAGUCAAGUGGCUGGAGACUGCGAGAGCAAGAUGGAGAAACUGAGGCACGACCCCAUACCUAGGCAUUCCGAGCUGUGUCAUUCAAGGAGAGGCUGAACUACAGUGAGAAGAGAUGAGCCAGGGCGAGGAGAGAAGGCGAAGGGGCAGAAGGCCCCGAGCGGAAAGAGUAGGAGUAAAGGCCAGCUGGCGCGGAGGAAAAUUCUCAUCGUUCAGCGCGUCCUCAGCUCUCACACACCUCCCCGACGAAGAGAGGUCUCUUUUAGCAGAGAAGCAGCGUUCUUCUGUUUCCCUUUUUUCAAAUUAAAAAUAAAAAAUCUCAGAGCUA